AUGUAUUUCUUUCUGUUUUCAGUAUCAACAUCAUUGAGAGAUGUGACGUUGACUCUGCCAGAAGCGAUACCAUCAGGGGAAUCCGUUACUCUAAGAUGUCAAUACGAUUUAGAAGGUGACCCCCUGUACACUGUGAAAUGGUACCGCGGCCGAAGCGAGUUCUUCCGCUAUCUGCCCAAAGAGUUGCCGCACACGCGCACCUUUCCCGGCGCCGGCCUGUCGGUCGACGAGGGAAAGUCAGGGCCGCAUCAGGUCGUCCUGAUGGACCUCACGCCCGCCAUGUCGGGCAGGUACAGGUGCGAAGUGUCGGCGGACGCGCCAUCCUUCGACACCGCCAUGGUCGGCAAGUACUUGACAAUUGUGGAUUUACCAGAGGGUCCUCCGGUAAUCUACGCUGAAAAAAUUAGAUAUGUGGCGACUGAUAUGCUGAAGGCAAGUUGCACUUCGCCGCCCACCAGCCCUGCGGCUAAUCUAACCUGGUUCAUCAAUGAUAAAAAGGUGAACCAGAUCAUGUACCGGAACCACAGGCCGUUCACAAGUUCCAUCCUGAACGAUUCCGGAUCUGAUCAUUUGACGAACUUAUACGUCCACCAGUUUCUCGAUUCUCCGGAACAUUUGAACACGAUAAACAUAGUGCACGGGCUGAACAGCCCGGAAAAAGAUCCGGGAGAGCCGAGAUACGAGCAGACCAAGACAGCUCCUCGUAGAUCUCGAAGAUUUCUGACACCGCCGCCGCCUCAACAGCAGCAGAAUCCUCCGACAAGUCCCUACACGACCAUAGUACCUAUAAUUUCGUCUCGAACUUCAAACGUUCCGGAAAAGAAAGAGACUACCAUCUUUCUGGAACUGCCGCUGGAGUCGAAAUUAUUCGAAGAUGGCAAAUUGAGGCUGAGGUGCGUCGCCGAGCUGUUUCAGCUUUAUAGGGCGCACGCCGAAACUGUCGUGGACGAAGGGCCGAGGUUGGCGCCCAUUUUGGCGACCAGGGAAUCAGGAAGCGGUGAGUAG